CGACUAGAAACAUCCGGGUCCCUCAGGUUUCUACCAGGCGACCCGUCGCCAUUAGUGCGAGCGCAUAAAAAAACAUACAAAUUUAGGGGCAAAAUCUUAAUAUUGACAAUUCCUGGCUAUUGAAAACAUUUCAAUACAUCGGAUCUGCAAAUUAUUCACCCGAGCAAGAAGAAGGUUGAUUUUUGGGGGCCUGUCCCCGCGCGGCGAGCUAUUCGUCCUCUCCUAGCACAGCCUCCCUAACUUGAGACGCCGAUAUCGUGUCUCUUCUUUAACUUGAGACGCCGAUAUCGUGUCUCUUCUUUUUCUCUCCGGAUUAUUUUGUUGUCAAGAUGUCGCCGUGAUGGGGUCUCCGUGUUUGAUAGAUAUGAAUCAGGGCAUCUGCCGCCUGACCCGCACUGUUCGCAGCCCACUUUACUCCUUGUUGUUUUUGUUUGAUGCUAGCGAGCUCAACGGCUCUCCGCCCGGAGCUCGGCCUCAGCAGCGCUCGUCGCACGGACACAACAAACAUGGAGAAAACCCCCAACAACAGCAACUCCAAGGCUCCACCUCGUUCCAACUCUUCCGGGCCAACGCCGGGGGAUUCUAAACCCAAAACAGAAAGUAAGAAUAAUGGAGGGUCCAAGCGUUAUAACCGCAAACGGGACCCCUCCUUUCCAAAAGCAGAAAACUUCACAGGCCCGCGUCGCACCAAUCCACAGAAAAGCAAGACUUUUGACAAGAGACCCCCCCAGAGAGGUGGAGGACGGCAGUAUGGGGUUGCAGGAGGAGGACGACGGGAGGAGGUAGCAGAGACACGCCGGGCCGAGUUUACCCCGGCUCAGUAUGCUGGACCGAAAAAAAUCAGCUUGAAUCACUUGUUGAACUUCACCUUCGAACCUCGUGGAGGCAAUGGUGCUGGCGGAGACGGAGGACCCUCCUGUUGGGGACGUCGAAACAAAUGGGGCCACAAGCACAAGCCCUUUAACAAGGAGCUUUUUCUGCAGGCCAAUUGCCAGUUUCUGGUGACUGAUGACCAGGACUACGCAGCUCACUUCACUGAUCCGGAUACUCUUGUCAACUGGGACUGUGUGCAACAAGUGCGAAUCUAUAGUCACGAGGUGCCAUCUUGCCCCAUCUGCCUCUACCCACCUGUGGCAGCCCGCAUCACCCGCUGUGGACACAUCUUCUGCUGGCCCUGCAUAUUGCAUUACUUGUCCCUAAGUGACAAGAUUUGGUCCAAGUGUCCUAUAUGCUACGAAGCCGUCCACAUGGUGGAUUUGAAGAGUGUGGUUGCUAUGGAGACCAGGCAGUAUGUGGUCGGCGAUGUCAUCACCAUGCGCCUCAUGCGCAGGGAAAAGGGAGCUGUUGUAGCCAUGCCGAGCUCUAAGUGGGCGAAAGUGGAAGAGCCUAUACGCUUUGGAGAUGCUGCUCUUAGUCCAUAUUCCAAGCUGCUGCUCACCACCUCUGAACAGGUCCUCAUCCUGGUGGCGGAGGAGAAGGCUGCCCUGCAGGCCCAGCUAUGCCAGGACGAAGAUGCACAAGGCUGCUUUAUCCAGAGCGCACUUUGCCAUUUGCAGGAGCGAGAGGAAACGCUUUUUCAGCACCAGAAGCCAAAUAAAGUCGACACCUUUGACUUCUCCUCCCUGGCUCUUGAGGAACCUACUGCUCCUGCAGAGGAAUUUAUGACUAAUAACAGUAUUACCAAGCCGAUGCUCCAGUAUUCGUCUGCAUUUGAUGAUGAAGUGGAAGUACCCCCAGAGGAGGUUGCUGAGGAGUUGCCAGGGUCUCCUGGAGAUAUUUUGGAGUGUGUGCUAGAAGAGCCUCCAGAUGCUGUGUUAGAUGUAGCCCCAGAGCUCGAUUCUGAUGAGAAAAUUCCUGCCAGCGAGACAGAAACAGGUCACACUUCAACCAGCCAGGUGCACGGACCCUUCUAUUACUUCUAUCAAGCCGAGGACUGCCAGCAGAUGUUCUUGCAUCCUGUGAAUGUACGCUGUUUGUUGCGGGAAUAUGGCAGCUUGGAGGCCAGCCCAGACUCUAUCACCGCCACCAUGGUGGAAAUUGAGGGACACACAGUCACCGAGGAGAUCCGCCGUCGUCAUCGUUAUUUGUCUCAUCUGCCACUCACUUGUGAGUUCAGCAUCUGUGAGUUAGCCUUGCAGCCGCCAGUCCUCUCCAAAGAAACCAUGGACACAUUUGCAGAUGAACUGGAGAAAAGAAAGCGCCUCAGACAAAAGAAAGCAAGAGAUGAGAAGCGCAGAGAGAAGCGAAUAGAAAUGGAAGAGAACAAGAAGCAGGGUAAAUAUCCCGAGGUGCACAUAGGACUGGAGAACCUCCAACAUUUCCCAGCAUUUGGUUCACCACCUGACACCAGCAGCCUCCCAGUCCAUCCGGAUUUUACUCUGGUUCCUCCUUCCCCCCUUAGCAGCAGUCCUUCCUCUGAUGGGAUGACAUUCCCAAGUCUAAAUGGACAAAGCUCAUAUGUGCGGAGUGUGGAGGAAGACUCUCACUGCAUGUCCUUUGCACAGAUGCUGAGAGACGGGAAAGCCAAAGCCGAAGCUGGGCUCAAAAUCUCUUCAAAAGACGUGACUCCUGAAGGCAGGACUGUUUGUGGUCCUGCAGAGAAGCUGCUGCUGCCCCCUGCAGCAGACAGCGAUGGGGAGAGCGAUGGCUCGGAGCGUGUGCCCGUGCCCAGCUUUCAGAACUCUUUCAGCCAAGCCUUUGAGAAGGCCCUCCUGCAGUUGGACGGUUGUGCUGCUUCUCCACAGCUGCUGGUCGUCACAGAAGACAAAGGAGCAAAGAAGAAAAAGAAAAAACAGAAACUUCUAUUCAGCACGUCCAUGGUUCACACAAAGUAGACAACACUGAAAAAAAUGGAAUAGUUCAAUGUUUGGGUUUAUAAUUACUCUGAUUUUAGUUUUUGGGGAGCGUAAACUUGGAAAAGGAUUUAAAAUGCAGCCAAAUUGAAUGCAGUGUUGCUUUUACAGUGAGUUAAGGUUUUGAAGUUUGGUUUCAAAAUGGUGCAGAAAUGUUCUUAUUCCUAUUCCACACACAUAUGGGUUUUAUAGCUCUGAUCAUAUUUUAGUAGGUCAUAUUUGGAGGCCUGUGGUAUAAAUAAGAAGAUUCCUUUAGGGUGCCUUAUAUUACUAGUCGCAGUCAACCAGCUGCAGAUACAUCGCACCUUUUCAAUCUUUCUAGGAUCCUCCUUUCUUACCUUUUAAAGAGCUUGUCAGGCACUUUUCUUUAUUUUUUUAGUUUGCCACAAUUUGAGACAGACCACAUUAUUGCAAUGAAAGCUUUCAGCACAGCAGCUGUUUUGCAAAGUUUACUCCUAUCAUCUCUUGUUAAACCGUAAUUAAUGCACUUACCUCAUCUGGUUUCCUCAUCUUUGACUUUUGCUCACCAAAAGUCUUUUAUUUCAGUGUUGCGAUUGUGUGAAGCUGGAAUUGGGCGAUGGAAAAUUUUUGAAAUCACCUUUAAUUUUGAGCAAGUGUAUAGCCUAUUGAAAUAGGUCUGCUGAAAUGAAUAAACAUUUAUGCACAAUGCAA